ACAUCCUCCAAUCGUGAAUGUGCCGUAGAUCUUUUGCAACACGACCUCACCUAUAUACUUGACUACAACGUUCUUGACAACGAUCAGCUUCUAGUGACAAAGUUCAGCUGUAGGAGACAUACCAGCACGCGACACACCAUACUCACGUACCAUGGCGCCGACAGCGACGACACCUACGCCUACGCCUGCGCAGCCAGCCACGGCUACUGCCAAACCUUUAGUGAGCAAAGCUGCUCAACCUGCUGGAGCUGCAUCAGUUGGCUCCGCGCUGGAAGCGCCCCUCAUUGAGCUUUACAGUGCUCAGCAGGCCAACUCUCCCGAGGCUUCUCAACAAAGAUUGAGACAAGCCAUCAUCGAUGGGCUCAAAGGAGGCGACAACUUCAUCAUUCCUGGUGAUGUCAACAGCUCGACGGAUCGUCAGUGGGCGUAUCGUCGCACGCUGCCCACAGAGAUCGUCUACAGCGAGAAAGGCUUGCAGCUCUACGAUCAACUGGUCGAAGAGCCAGAGUAUUACCUCUGGUCAGCCGAGCUCGAGAUUCUGCAGAAGCACGCGCCAGAAAUCGCGCUUCGUCUCUUUGGUCAUCCCACUCGACCGUCCAAGAAGCAAGGCGAUCAAGAUGGCCAAGAUCAAGGCGGCGAUGGCGGUGAGAGCAAAGACGAGACUGACGGCGGAUACCCAGUUCUGGAUCAGCACAAGGAGAAGUGGGGCGAUGCUCAAGUUGGCAAGCACAAUGGAGGUGUGAAUGCCGAGGAGGGCUUGGACGGGGAUAGCGCUGUGGGACCGGCUAGUCUUAUCGAGCUGGGCGCUGGCAGUCUGCGCAAAACCAUCCAUCUCAUUCGCGCCUUGCAGGGUCUCCCAGACGCUGCCAAGGUGACGAAUGAGAACAAGGCGGGCACGAAGCAGUCAUCUGCCUCGCCCGCCAUCAAUUACUAUGCACUCGAUCUCGAUCGUUCUGAGCUAGUUCGCACGCUCGGCGAGCUCCACGAUCAAGAGAGGGGCGCUAGUGACACGAAGGAUAAACACAACUUCACCAUCUACGAUGGUGCCGUUGCACUGAACGGCAUUUGGGCCACCUACGACCAAGGUCUCGAGUAUGUUGGUCAAGGCGGCUUAGCUCCGAAACAGGGGCAAAAGGAAGGCCAGAGAUGUUUUCUUUGGCUCGGCUCUAGUUGCGGCAACCUUGAUCGCCGAGAGCUCGCCGACUUCCUGCACGCGUCUAGCGAGAAAGCCCUGAGGCCAGGAGAUUCGCUGCUGAUCUCCAUCGAUCGUCGUAACAAGCCUGAAGAUGUCGCAGCCGCGUAUCAUGAUGCCAACGGCACCACGGAGAAAUUCAUCCUCGAAGGCUUGGUCCACGCAAAUCGCGUUCUUGGCAAAGACGUCUUCCAGAACGGCGCGUGGCGCUACCACGAUCGAUACAACGAGUUGGAGGGCCGCCAUGAAAGUUACUACCAGAGCACAAAGGCUCAAACCCUCAAUGUGCCUGGCGAAGCUGACGCAAUCCACAUCGAAGAGGGCGAGCUGAUCCUCGUCGAGGUGUCUUACAAGCACAGUGAGCUCGAGAUCCAUGACGUCCUCGACCAGGCUGGUCUUCGAGUCGUGCAACGAUGGAGUACCGAUGGAGACAAGAAGUACGACAUGUGGCUCGUCGAGAGGCCCGCUUUCCACUUCCCAAGCUCCCAUCUCAAUACUGGCAGUCGGGUUGACCAACUGGCCGGACUGACGGCGCAGCAAGCCUUUGGUGCGCGCGGCAGCUGGGAAUUUGACAGCACAGGUGGAGCCGGUGCGAAUGCGCUCAAAGCGCCGCAUCGCCACGCGCGGACCGGCUUGCCAAGCAUUGACGAGUGGCAGACGAUGUGGAAAGCAUGGGACACGGUCACACUGACCAUGAUCCCACCAAAGAUGCUCUUCGAGAAGCCCAUCGAUCUGCGCCACAUUUGCCUCUUCUACAUAGGUCACAUUCCGGCCUUUGUCGAUAUCAUGGUGUGCAAGGUCACAGGUGAGGAGCACAUCGACUCGCACUUUUCUUGCAUCUUUGAGCGAGGCAUCGACCCGCACAUGGACGACGAGACGAAGUGCAAUCCGCAUAGCGAGGUUCCUCAAAAAGAUGAAGAUUGGCCCGCUCUCGACGCGAUCCUUGCUUAUCGCGAAAAGGUGAUGGAGCGCAUAUACGGCAUUUACGGCGAUGUCGCGACCGGGGCUCGAUCACUUGACCGCGCCCUAGCUCGGACGAUCUGGAUGGUGUAUGAACAUAUCGCUCUGCACAUGGAGACUCUACUCUACAUGCUCCUACAGAGUCCCAACACUCUGCCACCUGCUGGCUUUACAGCGCCCGACUGGCCGUCCCUUGCUCGUCAAUGGGACGCGGCAGAUGCGGCUGUGGGCGGCGAGGCUGCUCGAACGGCUCUCCUUCAUUUCAAGUCAGCCCCAGUCAUCAUCGGUCACGAUGACGACGAUCGGCAGGACACGAAGUUUGCCAUUAGCAAGCCGUCCAAGAAUGUCGAAGACCUCAAUGCUCAGCUGCAUGCGUCUUUCGGCUGGGACAACGAGUCUCCGGCGCGCGUUACGCAGACUGGAGCCUUCGCGGCUGAAGCGGCUCCCAUUUCGAAUGGCCAGUACUUGAAGUACCUGCGAGAUCACAAGCUUGUCGGAGAUCCAGAUGCCGUGCCAAGCUCUUGGAUCGGUGCGGGCUCGUCAAGCGACCCCUUCCGCGUCCGGACCGUAUACGGUCCUGUCGGCAUGAGCGUCGCUCACCUUUGGCCACUCUGUGCAUCUGGCAAACAGCUUGCAGACUAUGCAGCUUCGAAGGGCGGCAGACUGCCAACGCACGCAGAGCUGAGGUGCUUUCUGGAUGCUUCGAGCGGGCCUAACGUGACGGAUCGUCCAGGAAGCAAUGUGGGCUACACCAAUUGGCACCCCGUUCCUCCUCAGCUGGCCAGGCACGAGAGCGGCAUCGUUAUUCCAGGCCACAAUGGAGGCGUUUGGGAGUGGACCAGCUCUCCACAUGUAGAGUACGAAGGAUACAAACCAUCGCUGUACUACACUGGCUACUCUUCCGACUUUCUGGAUGGCAAGCACGACAUUGUCCUCGGUGGCAGUUGGGCUACCACACCCAGCAUUGCAGGGCGUCGCACCGUCAUCAACUGGUACCAGCAACCUUAUCCCUUCAUCUUCGGUGGUGCCAGGGUAGUGUACGACGACAAGACCGAGGUCAAGGCUUCGAGGUCCAGAUCUCCCCCUCGCGCUUGAUACGUUCUUGAUGCCACGCGUUGUGUGACAAUCCGGCUCCUUUUUAUUCUUGGGUCCUGAACUUAUACACCCUUUGACAGUAUGAUAGCUUUUCACGACAAAAUCGCUGCUCAAUUUCAUGACAUUUGUACAUCA